GGAGAGAGUGAUGCUGAGUCUGUAGCUGCGAGUGCAGACUCCGUCGAGGAGGACGCGUUUGAGGACGGUGUCGACGUCGUCCUCGACAUUGCUGAACCACCAGCCAGUCCUGUCCCUCUCUCCCUUCAUCCCAGUGACCCUGUGGAAGGGCCCUCUACAUCAUCUCCAACAGCAGUGAAGCGUAAGUGCAAGCGCAAGCACAAGCACACAGCUUUAGCAGGCACCAGGACACCUCAGUGCCGUGCCAGAGCUGUGGCGCAGCGCAAAACCACAGCCUCAUCAAGCCCCCCUGCAGUAGUACACCCCGACUCUGCUGAAGAGGACAGUGAGGUGGAGGAGGAGGAACACUGGCACUCGAUGAAAGAGGAUGAUGUGGAGCCUCCUCCACUACCAUUUCGUCCCAGGAGGACCCCUGGGGUGCAGCUGGAUCCUCAUGUGGAGUACAGUCCAUGUGAUCUUUUCCAGCUUUUUUUUCAGCAAAGAAGUUGUACGUGUUUUGUGCAGGAACACAAACAUCUACGCUGCAAAAAAAAUAGCUGGUGGCCAGAAGAGGAAGUGGAGUGAUGUGACCAUUGAUGAGGUUUACCACUUCUUGAGCCUUGUCAUCUAUCACGGCCUGGUGAAGACAACAGCUGGGCGUGAUAUGUGGAGAAGGGGCCGUUUGUACAGUUUGGCUUUCCCUGCGUCCGUUAUGCCUGGAUACCGCUAUGAAGCAAUACUGGCGUUGUUUCAUAUGAGCGAUCCAGCUGAUGACGUCGCCAAUGACCUGCUUCGAGGCCAGCCUGGCUUUGAUGGUCUCUGCCGCCUCAAUCCACUUCAGGAUCAAAUCCUGACUGCCUGCAGAGCAUACUACCAUCCACGUCAGAACCUCUCGGUGGACGAGCGUAUGGUUGCCACUAAGGCAAGAAUUGGGAUGAAGCAGUUCAUGAAGGAGAAGCCCACCAAGUGGGGGUAUAAGCUGUUUGUGCUGGCGGACAGCUCAAAUGGCUAUACUUGUGACUUCACCAUCUACGAGGGAAAGGCAAGGACGCCGUCUGGCCAGGGCCUGAGUUUUGAUUCUGUGGUGAACCUGCUCAGAGUCCCGUAUCUCGGCACUGGGUAUGGUGUUUUUGUGGACAACUUUUACACCAGCGCCAAGUUGUUUGUUCACCUCCACGGAAUUGGCUUCGGCGCCUGUGGCACAGUCAGGGAGAGCAGGCUUGGCUUCCCACGAACCACCAUCAACGCCUUGCCAAAAGCCGCUGCCCGGGGUGACAUGAGGUGGAUCAGGAGUGGGCCAUUGCUUUUUGUGAAAUGGAAGGACACAAGAGAAGUAGCAAUGUGCUCCACCAUCCACAAAGCCUACACAGGGAAGACCAGCGCACGGCGGGUGAAAAACAAGCGGACUGGCAUCUGGUCAACAGAAAACAUUCCCAUCCCCGAGCCAGUCAGUGCAUACAACAAGUUCAUGGGGGGCGUGGAUUUGUCCGAUGCACUGAUCAAAUAUUUUUCUGUCACCCAGAAGACCAGGAGGUGGUACAUGAAGCUCUUCCUGCACUUUGUGGAUAUCGCUGUCGUGAACAGCUUCCUCCUCUACAAGGAGAUGGCAGUGGCUAAGGGUGAGAGGGCCCUCACUCAAAAGGCCUACAGAGAGGUGCUGUGCUGUCAGCUUGCUGAUGUGGGGCAACAACAGCCAUGUCCACCAGCAGAGACUUCCGUUGAAGCCACUGGUGGGCCAUCUACCUCUGGCCAGGAAAAGCAGAGGCCAAAAGGGUGCUUUCCUGUCCCCAUUGGAGCCCCCUCUUCAGAUCCCAGACUGAAGGCAACCGAGGGCAGGAGGAAGUGUGUCCACUGCAAGAAGAAGACUAUCUUCAUGUGCAGGUCCUGUGAAGUGCCACUCUGCAUUAUUGUGGACAGACUUUGCUUCACAGAGUGGCAUGAUCUACAGUGCACACAAUGAAGCACUCUUUUUGUAAAUAGUUGUAAAUAGUUUCCAGUGUGUUAUUUCAGUGUUCCAGUGUUCCAGUUUUUAUUUUUUAUUUAUUUAUUUUUAUUUUACACAAUUUUUGCCUCCUAAAAUCCAACCCCUCGUCCACGUCGUAGGAGGUGGUAACAGCAUAUUGCAGGUAUGUAAGUAACUGUGCUGGCAAACGGGGCUCUGGUAUGGACUGUUUUCACUUAUAUACUCACAAUCACUCCAAAACAUAUUAUUUAGUAGGUACUAUAUAGGUAUUUAUAGGUAUUUAUAGUAUUUAUAGGUACUGAAGUUCUUGUGAAUUUUAGUCUGGAAUGCAGUAAAAUGUAUUUGUACUAUUUCAAAAUGAAGGAAAAAAAAUAUUACAAUCACCCCCUUUU